AAUGGCUGGCAAGCAGGCCAUUUCAGCAUCAGGCAAGUGGCUGGAUGGUAUUCGAAAAUGGUAUUACAAUACUGCAGGAUUCAAUAAACUGGGGUUAAUGAGAGAUGAUACAAUAUAUGAGGAUGAAGACAUAAAAGAAGCCAUAAGAAGGCUUCCUGAGAACCUUUAUAAUGACAGGAUGUGCCACAUUAAGAGUGCAUUGGACCUGACCAUGAAGCAUCAGAUCUUGCCUAAAGAGCAGUGGACCAAAUAUGAAGAGGAAAAUUUCUACCUUGAACUGUAUCUGCAAGAGGUUAUUCGGGAAAGAAAAGAAAGAGAAGAAUGGGCAAAGAAGUAAUCAUGUAGUUGAAGUCUGUGGAUGCAGUUGUUAUGAAGAUGGUUAAACUUGAAACAAAUAAUUUUAAGAAUUAUUUGGUCUGCAGAUGUUUUACUUUAAAUAAAUGUCUAUUGUAAUGGCUGGA